AGUGCGAAGUCUUUGAAAAGGUUUUUAAAAAAAUAAAAAUAAUCUCCAACUCAGAAGAUAAGUCGUUUAUGGUGAGCGUUUCGUUGAAGACAGACAGUCAUGGCUGGAGACACGCAAGAAGUUCCGCUGCUUGAACUGGAAUCAGUCAUUGGGUUUAAUGGGCACGUGUUUUCUGGUCUGCGAGUGCAUCCGGAUAAAGAAUACCUGGUUUACCCGCUGGGGUGCACUGUCAUUCUGAAGAGCCUGGCACACGGCAAACAGCAGUUCCUGCAAGGACACACCAACAACGUCUCCUGCAUCGCCGUGUCCAAGAGCGGCAAGUACAUCGCCUCAGGACAGGUCACCUUCAUGGGCUUCAAGGCUGACAUCAUUAUCUGGGAUUACUCCAAGAGGGAAAUCUAUGCCAGAAUGCAGCUGCACAAAGCCAAAGUGGAGGACCUGGCCUUUUCCCCGAAUGACAAGUAUCUGGUGUCGCUGGGCGGGCAGGAUGAUGGCAGUAUUGUGGUGUGGAAUAUCGAGACGAAAGAGGCUAUCUGUGGGAGUCCAGCUUCAGCCCACAGUGCAGGGCACUGUCACACAAUACAGUACUCCAACCAGAGCGACAACAUCUUUGUGUCUGCUGGGAAUUCGACGCUCCGUGUUUGGGAGCUCGAUCUUCCCAACAGAAAGGUCCGCCCUACGGAAUGCCAGACGGGACAGCUGAAGAGGAUAGUGAAAUGUAUCGAGAUCCCAGAAGACGACAGUUUCUUCUACUGCGGCACCACCAGUGGAGACUUGCUGAAAGUUAACCUCCAGACCAAACUUCUCAGCAGCUGCGGGCCGACGAAACUAAAAUUCAUCAAGGGGGUGAACAGCCUGAAGGUGCUGAAGACCGGGGAUGUGCUGGUGGGGUCGGGAGAUGGGAACUUCUCCCUGUGCUCUGGGGCUUUUAAGGUCAUCAAGCAGGUCCAGCUGGAGGGGGGCGUGACCUCCAUCGCCCUGCGAGGCGAGGGCCACCAGCUGUUCGCUGGCACGGAGAGCGCGCAGAUCUACCGCUUCAGCUACGCCGACUUCAAAGAGGAGCUCAUCACCACCAGCCACGACAGCGCCGUGAAUGACGUGGCCUUCCCUUUUGCGUGCUCUGAGCUCUUUGCCACCUGCUCCCAGGGCAGCAUUAGGGUGUGGCACACAGACACGUCUAAGGAGCUGCUGCGCAUCAAGGUGCCCAACAUGACGUGCAACGCCCUGGAGUUCAUGAGGGACGGCAGGAGCAUCAUCAGCGCUUGGAAUGACGGAAACAUCCGGGUGUUCACUCCGGAGAGCGGCAGGCUGAGUCUGAUCAUUCAGAACGCCCACAGCAUGGGGGUUAGCGCCAUCGCGGGCACCACGGACUGCAGCAGAAUCCUGAGCGGGGGAGGGGAGGGGCAGGUGAGGAUGUGGCAGAUCCAUCAGGGCACUCAUAGGCUCAUUGAGACCAUGAAGGAGCACAAGGCCACUGUCACCUGCAUCAAGAUCAAGAGCAACAACAAGGAGUGCGUCACUGCCAGCUCAGACGGGGCCUGCAUCAUCUGGGACCUGGUACGCUUCGUGAGGAACCAAAUGGUCCUGGCCAACACUCUGUUCAGAACCGUCUGCUACCACCCAGAGGAGUACCAGAUCAUCACCAGUGGCACCGACAGGAAGAUCGGGUAUUGGGAAGUGUUUGACGGAUCGGCUAUAAGAGAACUGGAGGGAUCCCUGUCAGGAUCCAUCAACGGCAUGCACAUUUCACAGGACGGAAACCACUUUGUCACAGGUGGCGAUGAGAAGCUGGUGAAGGUUUGGGGGUAUGCUGAGGGAGAGGUCACCCACGUUGGCAUCGGGCACAGUGGUAACAUUACCAGCGUGAGGGUCUGUCCCAACAGCAGGUAUAUCAUCAGCUCCAGCGCAGAUGGAGCCAUCCUCAGGUGGAGAUACCCUCACCCCUCCUGAAACAGCCCAGAGUCAGGCCGGCCCCCACCGGCCCUGUGGGAGUCAGCUACCAACCAGCCUCUUCCCACAGGAUCUCACUUUUCUCCUGUCUCGUCUUUUACCAGAUCUUAAUAUUCACACUUUAAAGUAAAUAAAAUGUUGUCUGUGUAGCACCCAAAAAAAAAGUUUACUAAUUAAACUGUUAAUGAAUUAAAGUUAAUUCA